AUGGAAAUUUUACAAUGUUCGGAGUUUAAACAUGAUUAUAUAUUCAGUACCCCGAUAACCACUGAAGAAAUAGAUACAACUGUGAAGAGUUUACCAAAUGGCAAAGCACCUGGAAUCGAUGGAAUUAGUUAUGAGCACAUAAAGUACGGAGGUAAAGUCGUUAUUGAUGCCCUAUUGAGACUUUUUAAUUUGAUUAUUGAGUAUGAAAAAAUUCCUGUCUGUUUCAAAUUGGCAAUUAAAAUCCCGAUCCCAAAAGGAAAUAAAAAAUCUCGAUCAUUUGACGACCAUCGAGGGAUAAGUUUACUACCGAGUAUAAAUAAAAUUCUUGAACGAAUUGUUUUAUCAAGACUACUAAAGGAACCGAAAUAUCUAUAUCAUCCCCUCCAGGGGGGUUAUCAAAAGCAGCAAGAUGCUUUAACAACAUGUUUCACGAUUGAAGAAGUUAUUAAUCAAUGUUUGGAAGAAAAGGAAAAAGUCUAUGUUGCUUACAUGGACAUUAGCAAAGCUUUUGACACGAUGGGGAUCAAUUCUAUGCUUUUUAAAUUGUAUCAUAACAAAGGCAUCUGUGGUAAAGCUUGGCGACUUAUUAGAGAGUGGUAUACUGAUAUGGCAGAGUUUGUGCGUAUUGAAGGGAAAAGUUCUCGAACAUACACUAUUCAACAAGGAACAAGGCAAGGGGGUGUUCUCUCGCCAUGGCUUUUCCUGGUUUCUAUUGAUGACCUGAUGGAGGAGUUGCAGUGUACGAACACUGGAAUUUUUCUGAAUAAUGUUUAUCUUGGAUCGCCUAUGUUUGCAGACGACUUGACAAUGCUUUCGCGAAAGAAAUCAGGGCUGGACAAAAUGUUACAGACUACGUGGGAAUAUAGUAACAAAUGGCAAUUCACGUUUAAUAUUAAGAAAACUGUUGUUCUAACUUAUGGUGAGAAGCAGGAAGAGCACGGUACAAAUUGUGCUAUUAGAAAAUGGAAACUUGGCUCACUGGAUAUAAGUGAAAAGGAUACAUGGUCAAAUUUGGGAAAAAUCUGGGAUAUAAACAAGCAUUCUUCAGCAGCUGUUUUAGGCGCAGUUGGUAGAGGAAGGGAGGUAUGUUUCUUCCUAAUGAGUCUUGGAUCUCGGUAUGGUGGAUUGAAUCCCAUCAUUGCAUCCUAUCUUUGGAAGAGGAUUGGCAUUCCUAAAUUUCUUUACGGAUCCGAACUUUGGAAGUUGAGUAAAAACGAUCUUAUUGAGUUGGAACGGGUCCAAAAUAUUAUGCUUCGUAUUAUGCAGGGCCUUCUCCCUGGCACAUCUGGCUCGGCGGCAAGGGGACUCUUGGGAAUGUUAUCAAUCGAAGCCGAAAUUGAUAGGCGUAAACUUUAUUUCCUGGGAAGGCUGAUAAAUAUCAGUGCUGGUGUGCUAUGCCGACGUGUUUUGUUGAUCAGAUUGGCUCGUUGGAAAUGGAACCAUAGAAACAACAUGACCGGCUUUGUACCGGACAUAGUGUGUGUUUUGACAAAAUAUGACCUUUUGGAUUAUUUGAUGGAAUUUGUCUCGACAAACUGUUUUCCGACGAAGAAGAAUUGGAAGAAAAUUGUUAACCUGCGUGUAUAUGAAAAAUACAAUUACGUUUGGCAAGAGAGAAUUAAAAGAAACAAACAGUUAUAUCUCUAUUCACAGGUCAAUACUAACAACGAAAUUUCUGAAUGGUGGCUUCUUGCAAGAGAGUAUCCCAAGAACCUUCUUGAAAUAACAAAUGUCAUAAGACUGCUAUGUGGAUCAUAUAAGAUCAGGGGGAAACGUGUUUGUAACCCAGUUGUAUACACAGACUUUUGCGAAAUAUGUCAAAAAAGUUAUGUUAACCCUGUAAAUCACGCCUUGUUGUACUGUUUAGCCUCACACAAUGAGAGGGAAAACCUGUGGAAUUGGAUAGUGGAUAAUUGUGAAAUUGAACCAACAGUAAAUUUAGUAGCCUUAUCUGACUCAGAUUUUAUAUUGACUAUAUUAGGACAAAAUAGAGAGACAUUGGGCUUAGACAACGAACAGAGAAAAGCAUUUUUGCUAAAAUCGGCAAACUAUAUUUCAUAUUGCUUUAAUAGAACCGUUAUUUCAAUAUAA